AUGAUGAAUUUUUCCAGCAUUUUCAAAUCUAUUUCGAAUUUUCAGUUCCCAUACACCAUAGAGGAAACUGCAACGGCUGAAACUGCUUUCUGGCAAUGUUUUGAUGGUAUAAAGAAGGCAGAUUCUUCACCAGUCACCGUCUUUAAGGCAAAGAGAUGUCCAGAAAGUGAAACUUUGAUUUCAAAUGCUGUUCACAAGGCCAAAAUUAUGAAGAUCCCAGGGCUUUGUACUGUGUUGGAGACUUUUGAUUCAGAUCCUCAAUCCACAUUUAUUGUAACUGAGAGGGUAGUUCCAUUUCCUUGGAAUGAUUUGGAUUCUUUAUCUCAAAACAAAUUUGGUAUUGAACUGGGAGUGUCACAAUUAUUAGCAACUUUGGGAUUCUUGAACAAAUUCGUCCUUGGCACACUUUCCAAAGAUUCGAUAUAUAUCAAUAUCAAGGGGGAGUGGGUAAUAUUUGGCCUAGAACUCUGUUCAAGUAAAGAGGGAUUAAGUGCCCUUGAAUUUGUCAAUAAAGCCAGAACAUAUUACAGUAUAGUUGGCUCACAAUUGCCCUGUGAAGAUCCAAAUACAAUUGACUCAAUGGAAUUAGGCUUAUUAAUAAAGAGUCUUAUGAGUCAUUCUUCUUUACCUAAAGAUUGGGUUGCUAGUAUAAAUAUGAUUUCAGAUGGAAGGAUGACAAUCGAAAACUUUCGGAAAAGGUUAGAGAAUACAGAGACUUGGCGUUGCAAUCCUUUAAUCAGCUUUUAUCAAGAGUUGAAGGAGCUACAUAUAAAGGACCCACAAGGAAAGUUGGUGGUAAUGUCGAACUUGGAAAAUCUGUACUUAGAGUCGAGAGAGAUUUUUCGCAAUCUAACACCUGGGAUGAUUGAAAAUUUCAUUAUUCCAGAGCUCUGUGAAAUUAUAAAACUACUGAUAACGCAAAAUAUCAAUGGAGCCCCCAAUAAUCCGGCCGUGAACCUGAAUGCAUCACAUAAACUUGUACCAUUCCUAGCGAUCGUUCUAGAUUUAACUUCUGAAACUAACACCUUUCCGGAUGGGUUUAACGAUCUUAUCGCCCAAUGUUUCAAACUUCCGGAUAGGCAAGUACGAUUUCUUUUGUUGAUAUACUUACCCAAAUUAAUAGGGCCACUGAGUAAAUCAGAGAUCUCCAGUAGAAUAUACCCACACUUUAGCCAAGGUUUGACAGACUCUGAUGCUACUCUUAGGUUACAAACAUUGAAGACCAUACCAUGCAUUGUACCAUGUUUGUCAGAAAGACAACUCAAUAAUGAGCUGUUGAGAUUUCUCGCAAAAACACAGGUCGAUUCUGAUAUUGAGAUUCGAACAUGGACAGUUAUUAUUAUUAGCAAGAUUUCUACUAUACUAUCAACAUCAGUUGGCAAUCGGUCAAACAUCUUGGCAACAGCAUUUACAAAGUCUUUGAAAGAUCCUCAAAUUAAACCAAGAUUAGCUGCUCUUUAUGGGCUUGAGAAGUCAAUUGAGCUGUUUGAUGUCAGCACCAUCGCGAACAAGAUCUUAACCGUCAUUGCCCCCGGUUUGCUGGAUAAAAGUCCCAUAGUAAGAGAAAGAGCUAAAAUCCUGUUUGAAAUGUAUUUAAACAAAUUAGAGAAAGAGGCUCUACUCAUUCAAACAAGCAAUAGUACUGUUGAAUCAGAGGAUGUGAGAGAUAUCGAUUUUGAUAAUUACGGUUGCGAUGAAGAAGACAUGAAUAAAGAAGACAAAAUGUUGGCAGCACAAUUUUUAGAUAAUUUACGCUUAAAUUCGCCCUCAGCAACAAUUCCAAAUAGUAUUGCUGACAGUGAAGUGGAUUCGACUUGGGAUGGCAAUGAUUGGGACCAUCUCAGCGAUACGGAUGGAUUUGCCGUAAAAAGUACCACGGACAUCCCCACCAAAUCAAAGAGUCAUAUAACAACUGAGAACACUCAAAAAGUUCAUGGAAAACCUAUUAGAAUUAAUAAGAGUUGGAACGAUGAACUGAAUGAUAAUGACUGGAUACAAAAUGAAGCCGACCCAUGGGAGGAGCCAGAGCAUCGCCCAAAGCCACAAGCAUCGACUUUGACAAAGAAAAGCCCUCUUAAUGCAAAGCUUCUAACCAAGAAGAAGAAAACAACGAUUCUGGCACCAAGAAACACCGCCGCUGUCAAAACAUCUCUAUCAAAUAAAACAACAAAAAGUAAGCCUGUGAGUAGUGUCCGUGGCUCCGCAAUCAAUGAACGAAAUAUAAACAACUGGGAUGAUGAUGAUGCAGAUGCGGACUCAUGGGAUACGAAUUGGUGA